AUGUUGAAAAUCUUACAAGCCAACCUCCAACACGCGAAGGCAUCUAGUGCCGUCGCGUGCAAGGUCCUCCAAGAGGAUGGACUGGACAUGGCUUUGUUACAAGAACCGUGGAUCCAUGGAAACACGGUACUGGGACUGACCGCUGCAGGAUUCUGCACUGAUGACCUAGUAGCGGCACACGUAAUGCUACCCGGCUGUGAGGGCAUGAAGCUCAUUGUUAGCUCGGCCUACCUGCCCGGGGAGCACACAGAUCCGUCGACGGCCCUCGCUCCACUGGUGGAGUAUUGUGAGGACCAGAAUGCCCAGCUUGUGAUAGGGGCCGAUUGCAAUUCCCAUCACACAGCCUGGGGCAGUACGGAUACCAACAAGAGAGCUAUGGAAAAGGUGAUCAAUCUUCAUAUUAGAAUGGGCUACCUCACACAAAACCCACUACAUGUGAAGCAGCACGCCUAUCAGAAGGGCAAAUCUACGGAAACUGCCCUAAUUGAACUUACUGAUAGGAUUGAGAAAGCACUAGAGGACAAAGAAAUUGCCCUCUGUGCUUUUCUAGAUGUAGAGGGUGCUUUUGAUAACACCUCGACGAAUGUCAUUCUCAAAUGUAUGAGGGACAAAAACAUCGACAACACCACACUUACGUGGAUAGAAUCGAUGUUAACCAACAGGACUGUUAAAACAACACUCCUGGACAAGAGCAUUGAGGUUAAAAUAACAAGAGGAUGUCCCCAAGGCGGCGUACUAUCGCCCCUGGAGUGGUCCAUUGUUGUCGACACCCUGCUCUGUGAGCUCAAUGAAGCUCGCUUCGACACUCAGGGCUACGCUGAUGAUCUCGUCAUAACCAUCGUAGGCAAAAGCGCCAGCACGAUUUCAGAUCUGAUGCAAACAGCCCUUAAGAUGGUAGAGCGCUGGUGCAGGGAGUAUCAACUCUCUGUAAAUGCCAGCAAAACCAUAAUUGUACCGUUCACCCGAAGAAGGAUCCUAGAUGGUCUGAGACCACCGGUUCUCUUUGGGGAAACGGUAAACUUCUCCAAAGAAGCCAAAUAUCUUGGUGUAAUCCUAGAUCAGAAGCUGACUUGGAAUCAACAUCUGCAGUACAUAGCCCAGAAAGCUAAGUGCGCUAUGGGAUCGUGCUGUAGACUAGUUGGGAAAAAAUGGGGCCUUAAGCCGAAGUUAACCCUUUGGCUAUACGAAGCCGUAGUGAGACCUAUGGUUACAUACGGCUGCGUAGUAUGGCACAGGAAAACCCAACAAAAAACCUGUCAAGAUCUAUUAAGUAGUCUUCAAAGGUUAGCGUGUCUGAUGGCCACUGGAGCUAUAAGGUCCACUCCGACAGCAGCGAUGGAAGCCAUGCUGAAUCUUAGCCCUUUACACAUACAUGUGCAGAAAGAGGCUCGAUCAGCUAUGCUACGGGCUGCUGAAGGAGGCAGGAACCGAUGGCACUCGGCUGUGUUCAGCUCGCUCCACCGAGAGCUUCUCAGUACCCAUGCCAUGGCGAUGCCUUCCGACGCUAUGGAAACGGAGUACUGUUUCUCAAGGCUCUUCUCAGUUGAGAUACCAGAAAGGGAGAAGUGGAAUGAUGAUAAGGCCCUUCAAACUUUCCGGUCGGGAGACAUCGUGUGGUACACCGAUGGAUCCAAAAAGGAAGGCCUGGCAGGUUCAGGCAUUUACGGAGAAAGGCCAAGAGCGCGCAAAUAUGCGAGCCUGGGAAGGUUUGCCUCCGUAUUCCAAGCCGAGAUAUAUGCCAUCAUUGGAUGUGCAUACGAAAACCUGGAUAGAGCCUUCACUCGGAGGAAUAUAUUUAUUCUGUCAGACAGCCAAGCUGCUCUUAAAGCAUUGACUUCUGCAGAAGUUAACUCCAAACUUAUAAUGGAGUGCAUCCUCAUCCUGAACAAAAUUGGAGCUAACAAUAGAGUGACCCUGCGAUGGGUGCCCGGACAUUGUGGCAUCAAUGGCAAUGAGGAAGCAGAUGAGCUCGCACGUCUGGGAGCAGAAAGCCUACCGUUGGGCCCCGAGCCCAUCAUCGGGCUACCAAAAUGCACCAGUCGUCGCGAGAUCAAGGACUGGGCACAGAACCAAAGCUUAGAGGCUUGGAAUAAUGUACCAGGGCAACAUCAUGCAAGAGCCCUAAUCGUGGGCUAUUCGCAGAAAUUUACGCGUCGAGCUUUAGAGCUCACACGCAACCAGUUAAGGGUCUUGACAAGAACCUUAUCAGGUCACUGUAGGUUGAACAGUCACUUACAUAAAAUGGGUCUGUCCGAUACUCCAACUUGUAGAUUUUGCAAUGAAGAGGACGAAACGCCCAUGCAUAUUCUCUGUGAAUGUGAGGCCAUCAUUCACAAGAGAAACAGAAUCUUGGGCGGCUACAAAUUAGCCCCCAUAGAUGUCAGGUCUCUCUCUCCAGGUAAGAUCAUCAGGUUUAUAAAAGACCUGGGCCUGGAUAGUGAGAUUUGA